UUUUGAAAAACAUCCGGAUGUUUUAUUUCUGUUUCGUUGUUAUCUAACAGCAUAGGAUGGGGAAGAUAUUUGUAGACGGACAGGUUUUACUUCCUGUUGUCCGUUCAGUCAAAAAGGACAAAGAACAUUCUCGCUGUGACAUUGUAACAACUUAUUUUAAAAAUGACUUCUUCAUCGCGUGACUGUUGACUUGAUUUUUAAAAGAGUAACUACAUCAUAUUAUAGCGUAGUAAUAUAGAGCAUUUAAGUAAAUGAAAGGUUGUCGAAGAUAUUGUUGGACACUUGAGAAAGUACAAGUCGAUCCAUCCAUUUCUACCGCUUGUCCCUCUCGGGGUUGUGGGGAGCUGGAGCCUGUCCCAGCUGCACUCAGUGGGAAGGCAGGGUACACCCUGGACAACAGCCAGUUAUUUAGGGAUGUGGGGGUCAAUUCGUGUUCAAAGACUGGCACAGAGAGAAACUGUUCGACUGUGCUCCAAUAUCUCAAACAAGCCUUUAACAUCACCGACUGCCAAGUCAAAUUCACAUCUGCGUCUUCAAGCUGAGAAACAGAAGCGGAGAAAACAGAGGGAAAAUGCCAUAUUGUCAACUCAACACAAUAAAGCUGAUGAAGAAUUUGUGAAAUGGACCGAGAAGGAGAGGAUUCUCUACACUGCUCAUAUACCGCCCGGGUCAAAGAAAGACACAACCUUGCCUCUCCCAUCUGCGUACAGUCCAGAUUAUGUGGAGUCCAGAUGGUAUCAGUGGUGGGAGAAAGAGAGAUUCUUCAGCCCCGAGCAGCAUACGAAAUUAUCUCAUGCUGUGGAUCAGAAUUUUGUGCUGUGUAUCCCUCCACCAAAUGUAACUGGGACUCUGCAUCUGGGACAUGCUCUGACUGUAGCUAUAGAAGAUGCUUUGGUUCGAUGGAGAAGGAUGCAGGGCCAGAGAGUAUUGUGGGUACCUGGAUGUGAUCAUGCAGGAAUAGCAACACAGACUGUGGUGGAGAGAAUGUUGCUCCGGGAAACAGGGAAGCUGAGACAAGACUUCACUAGAGAAGAAUUUUUAAAGGAGGUUUGGAAAUGGAAACAUGAGAAAGGAGAGGAAAUCUAUCAUCAGUUAAGGAAACUUGGUGCGUCCCUGGACUGGAGCAGAGCCUGUUUCACUAUGGAUGAAGAUUUCAGUAAGGCUGUUACUGAGGCCUUUGUCCGACUGUGUGACGCCGAUUUGAUCUUUCGCUCAGAGGGACUCGUCAAUUGGAGCUGUGCCCUGGAGUCUGCAAUAUCUGAUAUAGAGGUUGAUUCAAAAGAACUAUCUGGGCAAACCAUGCUGUCUGUUCCUGGUUAUGAACACAAAGUAGAGUUUGGAACCAUGUUUACAUUUGCCUACCCCAUAGAAGACUGUGGUGGAGAUGUGGCGGUGUCAACAACACGUCCAGAAACCAUGCUUGGAGAUGUGGCCAUAGCUGUUCACCCUGAUGAUCCUCGAUACCAGAAUGUUCACGGAAAGGUUUGCCGCCACCCCUUUAUUGACAGACUGCUGCCAAUUGUCACUGAUACAAUGGUGGACAUGGAGCUUGGAACAGGUGCAGUGAAGGUUACUCCUGCUCAUGACCUCUUAGACUUCUUAUUGUCACAGAGACAUGCUCUACCGCGCCUUACUGUGAUUGGAGAAGAUGGGAAGAUGACUCCACUAUGUGGUCAAUGGCUUGAGGGAGUGAAACGUUUUGAUGCUCGACAACUGGUAAUCGACGCUUUGGUUGAGAAAAAGCUGUUCCGGGGAAAAAAGGGUCACACCAUGACCUUACCCACUUGCAGCCGCUCAGGGGAUGUCAUUGAGCCUCUUCUUAAGAAGCAGUGGUUUGUCCGCUGUCAGGAAAUGGCCAAAAAAGCUAUACAGGCUGUGGAGGAUGGACAACUGGAAAUCAUUCCACACUUUUACAACAAAACAUGGACGAACUGGCUGUCCAACAUCAGUGACUGGUGCAUUUCCAGACAGCUUUGGUGGGGGCAUCAAAUCCCUGCUUACAGAGUGAAGCUUUCUGGUGUUAAAGAUGAACAGGAGGAACAGUGGGUCUGGGGAAGGAAUGAGGACGAAGCCCGACAGCGAGCUACUAUCAAAUAUGGAGUGAAGCCAGAGAACAUCAGUCUGACUCAGGACCCUGAUGUUCUGGAUACAUGGUUCUCCUCUGGGCUGUUUCCUUUUGCAAUGCUGGGCUGGCCUCAGCAGACGACAUCCUUUCCACAGACCAGUGACUUUCAACGCUUCUACCCCCACACCCUCCUGGAGACUGGCAGUGAUCUCAUAUUCUUCUGGGUGGCGAGGAUGGUAAUGCUGGGCACAGAACUGACUGGCCAGUUGCCAUUUAAACAAGUUCUGCUUCACUCUUUGGUGAGGGAUAAACAUGGCAGGAAAAUGACAAAAUCUUUGGGAAACGUCAUUGACCCCCUGGAUGUCAUACAUGGAGUCUCAUUGGAGAAGCUCCAACAGAAAGUUAUGGAAGGUAACCUCGACCCCAGGGAAAAGGUGGUUGCCAUGGAAGCUCAGAGAAAAGACUUCCCUAAGGGGAUCCCUCAGUGUGGGACUGACGCGCUGAGAUUUGCCCUCUGCUCUCAUAAGAUGCAGGGAGAAGACAUCAGUCUAUCCUUUUCCCAGGUCCUGAGUUGCAGGCACUUCUGUAAUAAAAUGUGGCAGACACUGAGAUUUACUCUGGGUUCACUUAGUGACACUACACCAGUGGGGACGCUGGAAAAGACCGCUCCUUUGAGUAGCAUGGAUCAAUGGAUCUGCUCUCGACUAUACAGCACUGUAGAUCAAUGCGAGGAGGCCCUUGAAAAAUAUGAUCUCCACACUGCCACAGCUGUCUUGUACGCCUUCUGGGUCCACAACCUGUGCGACGUUUACAUGGAGAGUGUGAAGCCAGUGCUACAGAAGCAGAAUGAGGAAGCAGUGGUUGCUCAGAAUGGCAACAUAGGGAGAUCGGCGCCAAGCGUCAUCCUCUAUCACUGUGUGUCCACAUCUCUGGCGCUCCUCUCCCCAUUCAUGCCCUUCAUUACAGAGGAGCUGUGGCAGAGACUCAAACCCUUUCGAGCUGAAGCUGCAGCCCAGAGCAGCUUGUGUCUGCAGCCUUACCCUUCCUCGUCUCAAAUGAAACACUGGCAUUUCCCAGAAGUGGAGAGAGAUUUCCUGCUGGUCAAGGAAGUGAUCCGAGUAGCUCGCUCUCUUAGAGCGCAGUGUGGUAUGACCAAAGAAAAGCCUGACAUGUGGAUAGUGUGUUCACUCAGUCAGGCCGAGAUCCUUCUUUCCUUUGAAUCUGCUGUUUGGACUCUGAGCCGAGUCUCUCGUGUCAGUAUCUUCUGUCCUGAAGAAGGAGAAAGCCUCCACUCUGUCAGCUCCACUCCCCCACCCAAAGGCUGCCUCAUUGGUGUGGUGGACCACACCUGUCAGCUGCACCUACCUGUUCAGAGUGGCAUGAAUAUUGACAAACAAAUUGUCCAGCUCACCCAACGGAGUAGUAAGCUUGUUUCAAAGCUGGAGGAGAUCCGCUGCAAAGUUCAAGCUCCAGACUACCUGACCAAGGUCCCGGCACAAGUCAGGGAACAGAUGGACAAUAAGAUGUCAGCUUUCCAGCAGGAGUUGAAGAAUAUCGAGGAUCAGCUAAAGGUGCUGCAGGCGUACAAAUAAUAUUCCAUCAGCAAAUAUUGCACUAAUAGUCUUGACUAGUGUCGUAACAAUCAUAAGACAACAAAUCCUGGUUGUAAUAGUAUAAAUGAUUCUAGAAGUCGUAAUAGUUAGUAUUAAUCAUAGUUUAGAACAGGGGUGUCCAAAGUGCAGUACUUUUUUUUGCUAUUUUUGGAAGUGUUCACCGCAGUCAAAUUUUGAUACUUGAUGCAUGCUAACAUUAGCAAGCUGGCAUUUUAAACAAACAUUUCAGAUACACACUUCAGAGUAAUAUACAGUGUUUUGGUACUUGACGCGUGUUACAGUUAGCAUGUAUAUUUUGGUAUUUCACUAAUGCAAACUGUAAGCAUGCUAUUGUUACCAUCUUUUUUUUAUCUAAUUUUGCUCCUAUUUCUUGUUAUUGACGCUAUCUGGCCUGCGUGCUAACUCUUUCAGUUCAGUUCAGCUUUGGCUCUUCAGCAUUCACACAGAAUUUCUACCAAAAUUGUAUUUUGUAGUUCUUUAAAAAACAUUUAUAUAUAGCAUUGGUUUUGAAGGUGAAAACUACCAAAAUGGCCCCACAUCCUUUGAUUUGUCAGUCGAUGGCCCUCAGUGGAAAAGGUUUGGGCACCCCUGGUUUAGAACAACCAUAUUUCCGAGUGCAUUGACAGUGAAGUGAGGUGAAGUAAAUUAUGAUUAUAUAGCGCUUUUCUCCAGAGACUCAAAGCGCUUUACAUAGUGAAACCCAUUAUCUACAUAUUUAUGCUAUAUUUAAACCAAGGUGGGUGGCACUUGGAGCAUGUGAAUAAAGUGUAUUGCCCGAUGACACAACAGCAGUGACUAGGAUGGUGGAAGCAGGGAUCGAACCUGGAACCUUCAAGUUGCUGGCACUCUACCAAACAAAUCGCGCCGCCCGAGCCAAAAUUGUGGGUUGUGUGCAUGUGCUCAAAAAAUAUCUGUUCAAAUGUGUGUGCAAAUCUACAUGAUUGGUUAUGAAUGCUGCUCUGUUGUGGAACUAUGAUAGUAAUUUUGCUGGCACUGAUUUUUUAAAUCAGCCGUGUAACAUUGUAUCAUGUGUAACUAUACUGUACAUGAUUUAAAAAUAUUUAAGUAUUGUUCAACUGGGUCAAGAAAAUAUGGCACAAACAAAAGGGGAUUUGUGUGUACUAGGAUUGAUUGCAUUAUACCAGUUUUUUACCUAUCCUGUCCAUAUUGUUGAUGUAGAUGCCCAUAUCUGCUAUACAGACUUACUUUACAAAAGGACAGUUUGGGAUACUUCUUUUGUUGCUAUAUACAGUGCAGGCCAAAGGUUUUGGACACACAUUCAAUGGGUUUUCUUAAUUUUCAUGACUAUUUACAUUGUAGAUUGUCACUGAAGGUAUCAAAACUAUGAAUGAACACGUGUAGUUAUGUACAAACCCCGUUUCCAUAUUAGUUGGGAAAUUGUGUUGGAUGUAAAUAUAAACGGAAUACAAUGAUUUGCAAAUAAUUUUCAACCCAUAUUCAGUUGAAUGUGCUACAAAGACAACAUAUUUGAUGUUCAAACUGAUAAACUUUUUUUUUUUUGCAAAUGAUCAUUAACUUUAGAAUUUGAUGCCAGCAACACGUGACAAAGAAGUUGGGAAAGGUGGCAAUAAAUACUGAUAAAGUUGAGGAAUGCUCAUCAAACACUUAUUUGGAACAUCCCACAGGUGAACAGGCAAAUUGGGAACAGGUGGGUGCCAUGAUUGGGUAUAAAAGUAGAUUCCAUGAAAUGCUCAGUCAUUCACAAACAAGGAUGGGGUGAGGGUCACCACUUUGUCAACAAAUGCGUGAGCAAAUUGUUGAACAGUUUAAGAAAAACCUUUCUCAACCAGCUAUUGCAAGGAAUUUAGUGAUUUCACCAUCUACGGUCCGUAAUAUCAUCAAAGGGUUCAGAGAAUCUGGAGAAAUCACUGCACGUAAGCAGCUAAGCCCGUGACCUUCGAUCCCUCAGGCUGUACUGCAUCAACAAGCGACAUCAGUGUGUAAAGGAUAUCACCACAUGGGCUCAGGAACACUUCAGAAACCCACUGUCAGUAACUACAGUUGGUCGCUACAGCUGUAAGUGCAAGUUAAAACUCCUAUGCAAGGCGAAAACCGUUUAUCAACAACACCCAGAAACGCUGUCGGCUUCGCUGGGCCUGAGCUCAUCUAAGAUGGACUGAUGAAAAGUGUUCUGUGGUCUGACGAGUCCACAUUUCAAAUUGUUUUUGGAAACUGUGGACGUCGUGUCCUCCGAACCAAAGAAGAAAAGAACCAUGCGGAUUGUUAUAGGUGCAAAGUUCAAAAGCCAGCAUCUGUGAUGGUAUGGGGGUGUAUUAGUGCCCAAGACAGGGGUAACUUACACAUCUGUGAAGGCGCCAUUAAUGCUGAAAGGUACAUACAGGUUUUGGAGCAACAUAUGUUGCCAUCCAAGCAACGUUACCAUGGACGCCCCUGCUUAUUUCAGCAAGACAAUGCCAAGCCACGUGUUACAUCAACGUGGCUUCAUAGUAAAAGAGUGCGGGUACUAGACUGGCCUGCCUGUAGGCCAGACCUGUCUCCCAUUGAAAAUGUGUGGCGCAUUAUGAAGCUUAAAAUACCACACCGGAGACCCCCGGACUGUUGAACAACUUAAGCUGUACAUCAAGCAAGAAUGGGAAAUAAUUCCACCUGAGAAGCUUAAAAAAUGUGUCUCCUCAGUUUCCAAACGUUUACUGAGUGUUGUUAAAAGGAAAGACCCUUUCCCAACUACUUUGGCACGUGUUGCAGCCAUGAAAUUCUAAGUUAAUUAUUAUUUGCAAAAAAAAAAUUAAGUUUAUGAGUUUGAACAUCAAAUAUCUUGUCUUUGUAGUGCAUUCAAUUGAAUAUGGGUUGAAAAGUAUUUGCAAAUCAUUGUAUUCCGUUUAUAUUUACAUCUAACACUAUUUCCCAACUCAUAUGGAAACGGGGUUUGUACAUGCAUUUAUAUAUUUACUUAAACUUUCUUUAUCCAAGGUAAGAAGGUAAGACGAUUAAGAACCAAUUUUCAUUUGCAAUGCAGAUCUAACAAAGACGAAGCAUUAACAUGACAGAGAUGUUGAAAUGUAAUGCUAUUGUCUCUUAUUUAGCAGCAAAAAAUAUGGCUAUAGAUCACUCUAAACCAGGGGUUGGCAACCAAAAACAUUGAAAGAGCCAUAUUGAACCAAAAAUACAAAAAACAAAUCUGUCUGGAGCCGCAAAAAAUUAAAAGCCGUAUAUAAGUCUUCUAAUGAAGGCAACACAUGACGUAAGUGUCUAUAAUAGCUAUAAUAGCCUACUAUCAAAAUGACUAUGUGUCGCAGGCUGAAGCAAAUCAUCGUUGACAGAAAUGUUGAAAUGUAUUAUUUAUUCUACACAUUUGUACAACAUUAGAAACCAUUAGUAAAUCAGAGGCUACUCAGAAGGUGAGAUAACUCCUGGAAAUUACUGGCUUUUUUAAUGGCCAAAUGUAUAGAUGUUUGUGUCCAAGUUAAAGCAAACGGCAGACUGUCUUCUUUUGAUAGAUUUAUUACAAUCUUUGGCAAGCUAGGUAAUGUUUGCUGUGGUCUGGAACAACAUGGCACACAAACAACUAUCAGAAAUGCAGCCAAUAUUACAUACAUGUCAUGAGACAUGCAAAACUAAAUUAUAUACAAAGAGGAUAAAAGGAAAGGAUAUUUAAUGAGCUCAAAUAUACCUACAAAUGAGGCAUAAUGAUGCAAUAUGUAUAUACAGCUCGCCUAAAUAGCAUGUUAGCAUUAAUUAGCUUGCAGUCAUGCAGUGAACAAAGCCGGAUUAGCACUCCAACAAGUCAAUUACAUCAACAAAGUGCACCUUUGUGCAUUCACACACAGCAUAAAACUUUUGGUGGACAAAAUGAGACAAAGAAGGAGUAGAAGAUUUUACAUGUAAACACAUGUCACAGUCCACACUAUGGUGAGUUCAAGAACAGCCGAAAUUAGUAGGACAAAACGAUGUUCACCAAAUACUCUCAUCAGUGAAGCAUACAGACACACAUAUUAAACAAUAAGCUUUCUAACAAUUGGGAAGGUUUGUGUCAUGUUUGUCCUGAAACAAAGUUUAUACUAAUAAAAAAUAAUAAUUUCCC